UAGAAAUCAAGGGAUGUCAUAAGGGCAUAGAAGCCAGACUUGGUUUUGUUGUUUUCCUUCAUCCUCUACUUCAAGCUGAAUUAAUCUGGUGUUUCUCUUAUGAGAGGCAACACAACAAAAAGAUCUACAACAGAAUCUACUUAGGUUAUUACUAACGUUGAACUGUAUUCUCUAUGGAUAAUCGGUUCAAACCAUCCACCAAUGAAACUCUUGAUUCCCAGUCCACGGAGGAAGAUGCAGCUGGGUUAGUUGCUCCUCUCUCUGCACAGAACCAGGUGGGAUUAAUAUUAGGAGAAACUAGUUCACAAAUUCAACAGCAAAAUUUAGCCAGGAACUAUGAUCCGUUUACUAAUCAACUUCUAAACGAUCCACCAGUGUUUCAAGGCUUGGCUAUUUCAAAUGAAAAUCAUACAAGGAGUCAGGUAGAUGAAAUAGCAAGAGUUAACAUGGGAAAAGCAAAUACACAAAUCAUGACUAGCGAAAGAUCUACAUUACCACCUCUUCAAGAUGAUCAUACUAAUAACUCUCACGAGGCAUGGAACUCUAGGUAUACCCAAUCCCAAUCUCAAGUCGCAAUGCCUAAUGGUUAUCGUGAGGGUGUUGAUGGUCCUGUUCAACUCUAUAGGGCACCACCAAAUUUAAUUCUCAACAUUGGCAACCAGAAUGUCACACCAAUGGUUUCUUCCAUUGGUACAUCUAAUGUUAUCAUUCCCAUGGCCAUGCCAAAUCCGAGACAAAACUUACAAAUUGAAAGGGAGUUGAGGAGAGAAGAACCAAAUGAAGUAGCAAGGAAUUUUAGACUCAGAGAGGGACAAGCAGAACGACCAUUGGGCAAUCAACGACUUGAAAUUGGAGAAGGUUCAUCCUCUAAGCGUCGAAGGACAAAUUCAUUACCAAGGCAAGGACCAAACACAGGUCUUGCACUCCAGCUACCAAACAAUGCACCUGCAUGGCAAGGUCCUAACACAGGCCUUGCACUUCAGCUACCAAACAAUGCACCUGAAAUUCAAGGGCCGCAGAAUCAGAACAACAACCCUGGAAAUCAAGUGGAAAUUAGGGGCAAUUCUCUCUAUGAUCCAAUAUUUGAGACUCUUGGAUUAGCUGUUGACCCUCACAUUAGAUUGUUUGAAGCACAGAACGGUCAAGCGGAAAAAGGGUACUACAUGUUCAAAUGAAAAGUGUGUGGGAUUCUCAUGUCUACUCUGUUUGGAGUCUUUAUUGUAGUUCAAUCAAAUUCUCUAUAAAAGAACUAUUUCUAUGCUGAUUUUUAGUUAACUUUAAGUGUGCAUUUGAGACCUAUUUUACUGAUUUCUGUUCGGUAGAGACAUAAAACUGCAUAGUCUUUGUGGUGUUUAACUCAUUUCAGUACUGUUACUUCCAUGGAUUACCUUAUUAUCCCAUUUUUAAUGGGUUUGGUUUAUAAAAGUACAUCAUCUUUAGACCUGUAAA